GCGCAGCUCCCCAGCCCCCUCCUCCUCGGAUGUGGCUGGAGCUUGAGGCGCGCAGGGCCGGAGACGCCGCAGACCCCGGACCCAGAGCAGCUCGGAGGCGGUGAAUAAUAGCUCUUCAAGUCUGCAAUAAAAAAUGGUCUCCAAUAAAACUACAUUGCAAAAAAUGGGAAAGAAACAAAAUGCAAAGAGUAAAGUGGUAGAAGAGGCAGAGCCUGAAGAAUUUGUGGUGGAAAAAGUACUGGACCAACGUGUAGUGAAUGGGAAGGUGGAGUAUUUCCUGAAGUGGAAGGGAUUUACAGAUGCUGACAAUACUUGGGAACCUGAAGAAAAUUUAGAUUGUCCAGAGUUAAUUGAAGCAUUUCUUAAUUCUCAAAAAGCUGGUAAAGAAAAAGAUGGUACAAAAAGAAAAUCUUUAUCUGACAGUGAAUCUGAUGAUAGCAAAUCAAAGAAGAAAAGAGAUGCUGCUGAUAAACCAAGAGGCUUUGCCAGAGGUCUUGAUCCUGAACGAAUAAUUGGUGCCACGGACAGCAGUAGAGAAUUAAUGUUUCUCAUGAAGUGGAAAGAUUCAGAUGAGGCAGACUUGGUGCUGGCAAAAGAGGCAAAUAUGAAGUGUCCUCAGAUUGUAAUUGCUUUUUAUGAAGAGAGACUAACUUGGCAUUCUUGUCCAGAAGAUGAAGCUCAAUAA